AGAAGAAUAAUACGGUUGAUAAAAUACCAGAAAUAUUUACAGACAUCUGAUAACCGUAACCCCCCCAUAAAGUUUCUUUUAAGAUUUUGCAAAAUAUCCAAGCAAUAUCCUAUUUCGCGACGCUCUGCAGCAGUCGAAGCAAUGGAGCAAAGCUAGUCGCCACAGACUGGGAAAUCUAAAAACAUGACUGGCAUUUGUCCGAGGGAGGCGGUGCGGGUGAAAGUGAAGAAAUGCGAGCCCACGCUACGGCCGGAGUGGAGGAAGUUCUCCGUGGACCCCCAAAUCACAACGCUGGAGGUCCUUUACUCCCUGCUGGCCAAGGCCUUUGACGUCAAAUCGGACUUCUCCAUCAAGUACAAGGCCUUCGAUCCGGCUGGCAACGAAAUUUAUCUGGCCGUGCGCUCCGACUGGGAUCUGGAUGCGGCCUUCCUGCGCAUUCACAACAUAUCCAUUCAGACCGCGUCGGAGCCCUGCCUGAUGCUGCAGAUUGAUGUGAAGCCCUUUACGGUGGUAAGGGAAUGCGACUCCGAUGUGUCGCCGGGGCGAUCCACAACUGGAUCAGCCAUCCCUGCGCCGCCGUCGUCAGCUGGAGCCGUUUCUCCUGCUAUUCCCCGCGAGCUUAUAUCGCCACUUCAGUCUCUGGGAGUGUCCCAGAAAUACGUGCAGCACAUGCAGACAAAGAUCGGCAGCUCCAUCAUAAACCAGAUGGAGAAAACCUUCUCUAUCGUCCAGAAGGCGUUCAAUCUGUCUGAUGAGCAUAUGGCCAACCUGCCGCCACGACCGCCAAUGUGCGAUGGAGAGUUUCGACUGUUCCUGGACGCCCUGGGCCAAAUACAACGCAAGGAAGAGCUGCACAGGGUCAUAUUUCUGGGUGGCAUCGAUCCUAGUCUGCGACGUGUGGUGUGGAAGCACCUUCUGAAUGUGUACCCGAGUGGAAACCACGGGCUGCCUUUGGAUGGACACCAGCGCAUGGAGUUUAUGCGCCGGAAAUCGGAACAGUAUUGUCGCUUGAGGGACACCUGGAAGGCGGCUGUGAAAAGGGGAAGUGUGGCCGGUGAGCUGGCCUAUGUGACCAGUAUGGUGAAGAAGGACGUGUUGCGGACUGACCGCCUUCACCCGUUCUACGCCGGCAGCGACGACAAUCAGAACAUUGCAGCACUCUUCAACAUCCUCACAACAUACGCACUGAAUCACCCAACCGUCUCCUACUGUCAGGGCAUGUCGGACAUCGCUUCGCCGCUUCUGGUCACCAUGAACGACGAGGCGCAGGCCUACAUCUGUUUUUGUGCGAUUAUGGCCCGUAUGCGUGGCAACUUUAUGCUGGACGGCAUUUCGAUGACCCAAAAGUUCGCCCAUCUGACGGAGGCCCUGAGUUUCUACGAUCCGGAGUUCUGGGAGUACCUAAAGUCCCAGCAGGCCGACGAUCUGCUCUUUUGCUAUCGGUGGCUGCUUCUGGAACUCAAGCGGGAGUUUCCCUUUGAAGAUGCCCUUCGCAUGCUCGAGGUUCAGUGGAGUUCUCUGCGAUACGGAAGCGGUCCCGGGGAAAAGGAACUGCAACUCUUUGAGAAGGAAUUUGUCCCCAUUGCGGAUAACUCGGUACCCAACAGCGCCAGUACAUUCUCAAGCUCACACAGUGCCACCCCGACCAGUCCGUCUUACCUGCUGACCAAGCCCCGCGAGAAUCCAUACACCAAAGUAUGCGCUCUUCGCCGUCAGAGCUCCUCGGCCUCGCUAAGUUCACUCAGCUCCUCCUUGGGCACCACUGGCCAUGCCCUGGACAAUACCAAGAGGCUGAACCAUAGCCUUGAUGACAAUAUGUCGCGUCAUGCGUCGGCCGCCGCGCGACGACAGCGUCGAACCUCUUCAAAAGUCCACCAGAGCCUGGACGAAGCCAAAAUGUUGGCUCUGAUCGAGGGGGCUCUGGAAAGUGGUCCAAACGCCAAGUCGGCGCAGGACGUGUCUGCUGGCGAGGACACCGAAGACGACGAUGUGUUCGAUAGGAAGGAAUCGCCGAGCUUCCUGGAAACGAAUCCAUUCAAAGAUGAUGCCCAUAAAACUCCAGAAGCUGUGUGUAAAGAAGCACCGCCUUCAUCUCCAGGACGAGCCUUUCUGUGCAGUACGUCCUCCUCCAAUCUGGACGAAGACGCCAAUGAAAUAAAGUCCAAGCUUCAGCAUAAGAACAUUCUGGCCAUGAGCAACAUCAUCGCCAAGCAACUGGCCACAAACGCCAGCCAAGUUAGCGAGAGCGUGAAGCGAGUGAGUAGCUCCAGUGGGGGCCACUUCAAGGAUCUCAAGGAAAAGCUGGCAGCCACCAGUCGGAUCGGUCUCUCGUUCGACGGAGAAGCAGAAGACGACGGAGGUGAUCGCAAAAUGCCGCCCAAGCUUGUGAAAAACUUCAAUGAAUUCCUUAACUUUGCGACUAUCAACAAGAACCGCAUAUCCGAUCGAUUUGCCACCCAGCAGCCGACUGCUCCGGUAAACCAGUCUAGCAAGCCAGUCGUGCAGCUGACCAAGGGCGGGCUGGGCAGCUCGCUGGACGAGUCGGAUUCUUCGUCGGUGCCGGAGACCAGUUGGAGUGCUUCCACAGCGGCCACGGCCAUUCAACAGGCACAGGAGCAGGAGCUUAGCAGCUAUAAUCUGCAGCUGGACCUGGAGAACACGGAGCCGGAUCAGGAUCAAGAUCAGGACGGCGACCAGGAGUACUACCCCAUGACGACGGCCAUAACGCGGGAGCUGCGGCUUGAGGCGGAGAACCUGGACCGUCAGGUGUUCGGCCUGCCCUUCACGGAAAACGAAAAGCGAGACGACUUUGAGUACGAGAAGCUGGACAAGGAUGCACUUGACCUGGUAGAGGACCUGAAGGAGAACGAAAUCAUUCCGUGUCCCGAUGCCAGCGAGCUGCACAUGAGACGCCGUCAGCGGCUGGCGGCGAAGAGCAAUAGCGUCCAACAGAGCGAGUCUCAUGCCUUCAAUCCCUUCAUCGACGAGAGCCAGCUCCUGAUGGAUGGCCACACUCCGCUCGGCAUGCGAAGCAGCAGUAGCCUGCCGGAGGUUAUACUGCCCAUUUCCACGGAGCCCAGCCUGGUUGAGGUGACUCCGCUGGUGGAGAUCGCCACAAAUGCCGACGAUGAGAGUGCCUACACAAGAUCCCCUCAGCGUCUGGCCUCUCAAAACGGAGUUGGCGGAGUGAACGCCACGGCGGCGGCUCUGCCUCCGCCCUCGGAGUUCGGCGGUGGUAAUGCCUUCCUCAUGUUUCUCUGCCUCACUCUGCUGCUCCAGCACAGGAACACAAUCAUAAAGGGGGCAAUGGACUACAACGAGAUAGCGAUGCACUUUGACAAGAUGGUCCGCAAGCAUGACGUGACCCGGGUACUCAACCAAGCUAGGCGGAUGUACAUCGAGUACCUCAAGGCGCAGAGUAGCCCGCUGCGUCAGCGUUCACCAAACGGAACGGGAUCCACGGGAGUCAAUGCCAAUUCAUCGAUGCCUACGUGAAUGCCCUGCUGAAGCCCUCCGGAGAGCCCAUUUCAUUUCACUUGACAACCUAAAGAGCUUGGUUAGAUUUCCAUAGAUAAGAAUUUAUGAAUUUAGAGAUGUAUUAUCCUUACUCUUGCUCAAGGGGGCUGGCAAAGGCGCAGAACCAUAGGGAAGUUGUUGACAAACCAAAGUCUAUUUGUAUUCCAAACUUUUAGUUAAGAGUUUAUUUAUAUUUUAUGUACUUAAUGAGCACUCGGGGCAGGAGCCGAGCGAUCAAACUGAAUUGAUAUAUUGCUUUAUUUAACUCUAGUCUGCUUAAGCAUUCCAUGCCCUUGUAAAGAUUCAAUUUUAGGCUUCUCAGCGCAGUUACUGAUUCAUUUAUGACCUUACAUUAAAGAAAACCUAUAACCACGAUCCACGACCAAUGUAUUAUCUAUAAACGGUCGAUCGAACUUCUUCUAAAUCCUUUUAACCUCUCAAAAAACAAAGAACUUUUGUAAAUUAAGGUGGAAACCAAACGCAAGUUACGAAAACUUAAAUAAUCGAUAAAUAAACUAAUUCGAAAGCAUUACAAAA